GUUUGCCUUUGUUUGGUUUAACUGUACAGUUACCUCAGCCACACUUGGUCGCUGUUCAGAACAACCUGUAAGGCUUAGCAGCAUCCUCAAAAUGUCGACCGACCUCCAGUGGCUCCUUAUCCGCAAAUACAACUCCUUCCUUGUGAAGAAGGUUCCUGAAGGUCCCAUCUUCUCCAAGGAGCCUGGUAACCUCCUGAACCUGCACUCGCACAAAUACUCCGGUCUUGCUAACUCCAAGACCAUCGACAUCCAGAACUCUGAGUCUGGAUUGCAGAUCACCACCCGGAAAUCGAAAGCAUCACCACACGCUGUUCGUCCUGCACGGACAACCGCAACCGUCCGCAACCGCUCAGGAGGCCGUCGUUCAUUGGGAGUCGUUGCUUCCGUCGCGAAGAGGGGGUACCGUCCCGACCUGAGAGCCGCUGCUCUUGGCCGUUCCUCUGCACUGCUCGCUGCACAAAAAGAGAAGAAAGCUUCGCCACCAAAGAAAGUCCGGGGGAAGAAGGCAACAGCAUUCUUUGGAUGAUUUAUUUGUUUGUAUCUCUAGUGCCUCCAUUGCUAUGUUCGUCCAUGCCGAAAUAAGCACCCCAUGCUGCACAUUCCUAGUUGACUGCAAAAAUAAUGGUACAUUUCAGCGA